AUGCGUAGUAAAACUUCGAUCGAGGAGGAUAAUAAGGCCGAGAAGUAUCACGGGUUGAAAUCUCCAAUUGGACUUACAUUUUUGAAUGGGCUUGCAGUGUCAUUUGCAUGCACCCCAUUGGAUGUAAUCAAAAAUUAUUGGGUAUACAGAAAUUCGAACGAAAUUUUUAAUCGUGAGCUUUGUGCUGAUAAUGAUGUGAGACUACAUCAAGCUCCAAGUAAUAUUAACACAUUGAAAAUCAUCAGAGAAUUAUAUAGACACAGAGGAAUGCGUACAUUCUGGACUGGCUUAUUUCCAACAAUGAUGUUUAACAUCCCUUCAAACAUAAUAUUCUUCAACACUUACUACUAUUUUCUUAAUGCUAUGGGAUUCUCUCCCGGUAUUGCUGGAAUCCAGGCAAGAACAAUUACAACUCUAUUCGUUUGUCCAAUGGAGUUUGUUAGGACACGAAUCCAAGCUCAAAUAGGUAAUGAGUUAUUUUUGAAUCUAAACGGAGUCGGAGCCAAGGUAUAUAGGCGUAAUGCACCUUUAUUGGAUUCAAUAAGAUGCAUCAAUGUGUAUCAAUUAUGGUCAGGCCUUUGGAUUACAAUUCUGAGGGAUGUGCCAUUCACAGCAGUCUACUGGACUCUUACUGAAAAGUUGAGGAUAAUUUUGCAAAGGAAGAUGGACAGUGGACCGAAAAAAACGAUCAAGCUCUUUUCCAUUGCUGCAUUUUCAGGGACAGUGGCAACUCUUGUGAGCCAUCCCCUAGAUAUUAUAAAGACUAAUAUCCAAACCCACAGCUUCAAUCACAACUUACUUGGGAAAGAUCCAAUCUCAGCCAGGAGGAUUGUUUCUAGUCUAUUUCAAAGAAGAGGUUUGAAAAAUUUCUAUACUGGAGUGUUUCCAAGAAUACUCAAGAUUGUACCGUCCUGUGCAAUUUCACUAGCUUUGUUCGAACUUUGUAGAAAGUAG